AAUAUAUAUAUCAAUCAAAUUCUUCAGAAAUUAUUCUCCUUUCUUCUUCCAAAUUUUCUAAUUAAUUUUAAAAAAAAAUUUUUUAUUUAGGUUUCAAAAAUUUAUUUAAAUAAAGAAUCAACAAUGGCGGAUCAUGGAUUAAAGAAACCACCGGGGUUUAGAGACACAACCACGCCAUCUAAACCACCAUUGGGUCCAAAAAAACCGGUGGUUCGGAAAGCAAUUUAUCAACCUAAAAAAGAGCGUCGAAAUUGUUGUCGUGGUUGUUGUUGUUGUUUUACUUGUUUUAUCUUCCUCUUCUUCCUUCUCAUCAUUGCAUUUUUUGGAAUUUUCUAUGCGUGGUACCAGCCAAAAAUCCCGAUUUUUCGAUUUAAACCGAUUGAGUUUAAUCGGUUUGUCGUGACGCCUAAAUCAGAUGGAACCGCUAUUAUAAAUUCACAAAUUACAUUCCGAGUUGAGGUAAAAAAUCCUAAUAGUAACAUAAAAAUUUACUACGGUGAAACAAAAGUUAGUAUAACCGCAGAUCAAGAAACUGAGUUGGGAUCCGCGAGUGUGCCCGAGUUUACACAACGAAUUCAUAAUAUAACAUUGUUGAAAUUUACGGCAGGGUUGGAUAAUAGGAUCGUGGAUUCAACUGUGGGGAUAAAGUUAAAAGAGAGGGUAAAAAAUAAAAAAGUGGUUCUAAAUGCGGAGGUAAAAACUAAAAUUGGUAUUGGGGUGUUUAAUGUAAAAAUUGGGAUGCUUCCGGUGAAUGUAAAUUGUGGAGGUCUUUCUUUGAAGGAAAUUAAUGAUGGAAAUUCUUCUCCUAAAUGCUCCUUCAAUACUUUGAGAUGGUAUAAUUAUAAUUCUAACUUUUAA